UGCCAUGGCAACAGCAGUCUGCCGACCGACUAGUCGUUCCAUUCGGACAGAUUUGAAAAGUUAAAUAUUUGUAGUCGGGUCGGAGCAGUCGGUGAGCUACAGCCAAUGAGAGCUUCGAAGUUAUAACCAAUCAGAGUUUAGAUUUAUCCAAUCUACGUCGAAGUUAGAAAAUGGCGGAAACUAUGGAUUUCUCGGAGUGUUUAAUAAACGAAGUCAGAACAUAUCCGUGGCUUUACGAUAUUCGGAGAGCCGAUUAUAAAGAUAACAUUAAAAAAAAUAAUUCUUGGAGGGAGAUUUCCAAGAAACUAAACGUUGAAGAAUCACUAGUGAAGAAAAGGUGGCAGAAUAUCCGCGACCAAUAUAGACGAAAAAAUAAAGAGGAGAAUCUUCCUAGUGGUUCUGGAGGUCGCAAGAGACAACAAUGGGCAUAUUUUAAUAUGCUCUCGUUUCUGCGUCCAGGCAUUGAACAAAUAAACACAAUAAGUAAUUUUGUUGAGGAAAAGGAAUCUUCCCCAAAUCACAUAAAUCUGGGAGAAGCAAAUACAGGAAAUAAUUCAGAAGACUCAAAUAAAGAAUUUGAAAAUGUACAGUCUAAAACAUUUGAAAUGUCCUGCCCAGAUACCAUUUUAACCACAGAAAACAAUGACAUAGAUGACUGCCUAAAGGCUUGCACUUCAAGUUCAAGUGGCUCAAGUGGAUGUAACAAAAAGAAAAGAAAAAAUAAUUGGGAGAAGAAAUUUUUAUGCGUACUUAAAACUACAAAUACUCCCAUAGUGGAAACUAAACAUGAUAGUGAUUAUUACUACUUCAUGUCACUGUCAGAACGUUUCCGCGAAAUAAAAUGUAAAAAAAAAAGGAAUAAUUUACGGAAAAAAAUUGAAGAAGCCUUUGCAGAAGCAGAGGAAUCGGAAUAAAAAAGUUUAUUUUUAUAUGUAAAUAAAAUUUUAUUUUAUGUUUUUACAGUUUUUUACUUGAAUAAUUUAUUUACACAAUUCUGUAGUUGAUCAUCUUGUCACAACUUCAGUCUGCAAAGGAAGUUGACCUUGUUCACUCAUAAG